CUAGUCCCAGACAACGGACCAAAAACACUGGAACCUUGGAACUCUCCCUCAUUCAAAGCCUGACCAACCCCAACUUCACCAGUCCCGUCCACCUCUUCAUCCUCCUCCACCUUUUAAAACCCUCUUCUACGCCAUUUACCCUCCGCCACGAUUCCUUUAUUUCACUUGACAUAUCGUAUCGCUCGGUAUAGCAAUUCCGCCAAGCAAACGCUCCCACCAUACAUUCACAGCGCUUAACGCUGACUCUCGACCCAUUUGUAUUCUCGCAACCGGCGAUAGAAUUUGGAACUUUGGUUUACGACGUCCAGCACUACGAAACCACCGCUGGUGUCUUAACGGCCAACACACAAACCCUCUUUAUCGGCAAACAUAUUCGUCACCAAUUUUGGCUUAGACAGCUUGCACUGUCUUUGAGUGAUUUAUUCAUUCAUUGAUUGUUGAACAAGGAUCGUUCCCAAGUCCCAUCGGGUGCUUUUGGAACUUGCGACAACAUGAACGUUCUGCUCUCGCCUCAGCCUCCUGUCUUCCCUCAUCAACACGAAAACCCUCGUCUCUCCCCUCAGCGAUCCCUGCCUCCCUUUCACAGUAUGGCCUCUCGAAAGCGGAAAGCUGACGAGGAUGGUGAUGAGACCAUGUCACCCAGGAGUUCUCCUACCAUCUCUGCUCGACCUCUAGCUCGACCAUCGAAGAAAGUUCGAUCCAACGAAGUCAUCGGUCGACCUCUUGCACUUCCACGACUUCUCGAGACUCUUGAUACUUCCCAGCUAAGAACCGUCCUUGAGCGCAUAUGCGAAACCCGUCCCGAUAUUGGUCAUGAGGUUGUCUCACAAGCUCCUCGUCCUUCAGUUCCGUCCGCCCUGCAAGUUUUGCAAGGUUACGAGGCGAAGUUGAAGGAUGCUAUUCCAUACGGCGAAACUAGCCCGGAAUACACCUACUAUCGGAUUAAAGAGCCGCUGGUUGCUUUGAUUGACGCACUAUCUGACUUCACCCCUCAAUUCCUCCCACCAAAUGAAAACCAGCCUACCAAAUCACUUGAAUUCUUGGACGAGGCCACAAACAUUAUUCAUAGACUUCCCAAUUGGGAGCCGCAGACAUACCGACACCAUAAGGAAACUGCAUAUGAAGAAAUAUCGAAGGCAUGGGCACUCGUUAUCAACGAGGCUGGCAAGAGGGCUGGUGGUUUUAAUUUACAUACUGGAGGAUGGGACCAAAUUUUGUCUCGACACAAUGAACAAUCCGGUGAUCGUCUUGCCUCAGCAAUCAACGCCAUGUCCACGAGUGUUGGAUGGAUAGGCGCCAAUGCAAACCCAGGAGCUGGAGGGCCCUCUGACCCUAAUUCUAUUCUCAACCAGCUCAUGUCUGGUACCUAUGGAGCUCCCGUUAGAGUUGGGCCCUGGUAGGGACAGUUGUGACCUGGAGCUCUCCAAGAUAAUGAUUGCAUAUCGCGGCGCACCGGACGAGUCAUCUUCGCACAUAUUACGACCAAAUCAUUACGACGACUUUCAUUUGGCAGCAUUGGCGGCAUAGACUUGAGGCACCCAUUUCUUUAUUUUACGGCAGGGUGGUCGGCGUUUUGCGUGCAUUUUUUUUAUAUCCCUUUCCUUCACUUAUGAACCAGUAGGGAUUACUGUUAUACGGAUUGGUUGAUUUCCCAAGCAACCCCGACAGCGCAGACAGACUGCGUGUGCCUGUAUGUAGAAAUUUGAUAUAUUUCGUUUGUUAUCUUGACAGUCUUGGCAGAAAGCUUGCAGACCGUUCUCGACGAACCUCAUUUAAUGGUUUCUUGUGACGACUACCACUGGAUACAUGUCGAUGCAACCUGUUGAUAUUCCUGCAUGUACUUUUUUUUCUGUCAGCCAAAUAUGUCACCCUGACUAGGACCUAUCGUGGAGUAAAUAGUAUCCGUCUUUUAGAUCCCGUGGAAUUAUGUAGACGAUCCGGCUCUAUUCCGUCCCUAUCACUAAACCGAAAGGGAAAGACUGAUAGCCGCAUCUAGUUGACCUCAACGCAUUGAAUGAACGUUUAUCAGAUAAGGCAGCUGUUGAAACUAGGUUAUUCAAGCUGUAUUGUCGUCAAGAGGAAACCUCUAUAGCUAAAAAGGUCCAAGACGAACACUAUGGUAUGUAAAGCAGGUAAGCCCUAAUGGGUAUUUGUAUCCUAAUUGCGUCUCGAGCUUCGUGUAUUUACAACCCUUCAGUUUCAAGAAAUGGCAUUCCUCUUUGAGAUGUUCUCACUGUCAUCGAGAUCCUUUUCUUGAGCUUGAAGCCGAUAAACUAGGUAUUAAAAAUACUAAGUGUCACAAGCCUUAGGGAG